GGUUUUUAACUCCGCUGAGUUGCUUUGAAACGAGGGAAUAGAACAAGUUUUGUUUCUUCUUCUUACUGAACGAUCCACACAUGUCCACAAAAUGCUGCGUAGCCAAACAAAACUCAUGGAUUUGGGCAGGCGCCAAUUGCCUCGCCUGCACAGAUCCAUGACAAAAGCAUCCAAUCUCACCGUGGUGGAAAUGGACGACAAGACGGGCAUUGCGACGCUGACAUUGAACCGACCCCCUGUAAACAGUUGCAAUUUGGAGCUGCUGCAGGAACUGCACGAGUCCAUUAAGCAGAUCGAAUGUGAUAAAAGUCGUGGACUAAUACUGACAUCGUCCAACGAUAAAGUCUUCUCCUCCGGACUGGAUCUCAAUGAAUUGCACAAACCGAACCAAGAGCGUCUGGUAGCAUUCUGGUCAACGUUGCAGGACCUGUGGCUAACUCUAUACCAAAGCAGUGUUCCUACAGCAGCGGCCAUCAAUGGUCACGCAAUUGCCGUUGGUUGUGUGUUGGCUGCAGCUUGUGAGUACCGAGUCAUGUUGCCGGGCUUUAGCAUUGGCAUCCAUGCCACGAAAUUUGGCUAUGUGGUGCCACCGUUUAUAAUGAUGUCGUAUCUGAGCGUCUUGCCGCGUCGCAUCGCGGAACGAGCGCUGCUGCAAGGCAAACUUUUUACCACCGAAGAAGCAUUGCAAGUGAAUCUCAUCGAUGAAGUGGCCGAAAGCAAGUCGGAAGCUCUCUGUAAAUGUGCUGAAUUCAUUGGCAGCUUUGAGAAGACACAACCGGAGGCCAGAGCACUGACCAAGCGACAGUUUCGUGCGCCAGAUGUGCAGCUUUUGAUAAACGAUCCGGAAGGUCAAUUACGGGAAUCCUUGGAAUAUAUAAAUACGCCAUUGUUUCAGCAGGGCUUGGAAGAGUAUCUUGCAAAGCUCAAGAGCAAGAACAGAAAGUGAAAUUUAUAUUUCAUCUGAAACGUACUGUGUUAAUCUGUGCAUUUACAAGGGUUAGGGUUUGUUAGUUUUUGUAAGAAAAUGCUUUUAUAUUCCCUUUAAAUAUUAAAUUUGUUAGAAGUGAUUGUGCUUUGAAAUCGA